AUGAACCAAUGGCCAUACUUGAAAGGCUUAGCUUUGGCGGACGACCAGUUUGGUACGUCUGGAACAAUCGACAUUCUUAUCGGCGCGGACGUGUGGGGUCGACUCAUACAAGGGGAGGUCAUCGGUGGAGGACCAGACGAACCUUUUGCCCAGCGUACCCGCCUUGGAUGGGUGGUGUUUGGCCCAGCAGCAGUGUCUCAUACUUCGAAGGAAUCAUUGCUCACACUCACCACGUUAGUAGAGAGAGAGGAUCACCAUUUAGAAGAACUGGAAGAUCUUGCAGCAUGGCAGAGUGAGAAUAAUCAGCGGUUCUUAGCUGACACAGGCACACAUUGGCAUUUCAUCACCCCCAGUGCUCCACAUCAAGGAGGUAUCUGGGAGGCUGCGGUGAAGUCCGCUAAGCAUCACUUGAUACGCUGCGUGGGUACACAAGUCAUGUGGUAUAGUCAACUGCAAACAUUGGCCGUUAGAAUCGAAGCUUGUCUCAAUUCUCGUCCGAUUACACCACUGUACGACGAUCCUGAGGACAAACUUGCCUUAACGCCAGGCGAUUUCCUGAUUGGGUCGCCGCUCCUGGCGGUCCCUGAACCAGAUAUUCAACAAGUUCCUUCCAAACGAUUGAAACAGUGGCAAUGGAUACGUCAACUUCAUCAAAGAUUUUGGGAUAGGUGGAGUGAGGAGUAUCUCACCAUCUUGCAGAGACGGAACAAGUGGCAGCGACGCACACCGAACAUAAGGGUGAAGGAUAUCGUUCUAGUUAAACAAGAGAACAUGCCUCCUUCGCAUUGGUGUCUUGGUCGAGUCAUAUCAGUACAUCCUGGAGCUGAUGGAGCUGUCCGCAAUGUCACGUUGAGAACCUCUAAAGGAUACAUGAACCGAGCUGUCCAGAAAUUGUGUCUCUUGCUAGAGAACGAGGAUUUCGAGUCGGUAGACUCGACCGGGCAGGAUGUUUAA